AUGCUGCCGCCACACCGAAAGACACCCGAAAACCUCGUCAUGCCAGAAGAGGUCGAUGGUUCAGAUCAUGCCGCUGCCCAACCCUGCGUCUUCUCUGGCGAGCCAGAUACUCCAACUCCAUCUAAACUAUCAUCACCAGACGUCGAAGCAGCAGCACACUUCGACCUUGUCAUCAUCGGCGCUGGUCCUGCAGCUCUUGCCGUCAUCUCACGCAUCCUCGAAUCUCGACCAGCCGCCCUCUACACCGAAGACGAACACUGUCAUCUACACUUUACCCAUCGUCAGCGCUCCCCGGCUCUGAUCCCUUCAAAGGUCGCCAGACCCUCUAGCUUGCCUGCCAGAGACCUCAAAGCACAGACAUACCAAGGCAGAAAGAAACGCGGCAAGGGUCUGUGGAAUUUCCACAACAAUGAUGACUUGUGUCCAUGCGAUGGAAGGAUCAAGAUUCUCGUCAUUGAUCGACUGGGCGAAGGCUUUAUGGGUCUUUGGAGGAGAAACUUUAGAGCACUCGGUAUCAGCCAUUUGCGCUCGCCGAUGUUCUUCCACCCUGACGCGAGCGAUUUUGACGCCUUGAUUGCAUAUGCUAACCAGCAAGGUAAAGCGGGCGAAGGGACGCCCGAUCAGGUCAUUAAACUGAUCGAAGAGCGGAUUGUUGCCUGUAACACCUCAAACACCACAACAAAGGGUCGUGGGUGCCGUCGACGAUGUAAGAGCAAACGGCCACCUUCGCCUAUAGAUCAGGCUGGAAGCAAGAGAAGUGGCUCGAACGACUCUAGUCUUCCGGAUCUGAUCGAGAUCUUGGGCGUCGUCGGCAAAGAAAAGUCCAAACACAAACGCAAGCAGCAGCAGUCGAGCGCUAUCGAUGCAACUUCCGCCAAAAUGCACGUCAACGAGCGGGAUCGUCGUGACUACUUUACUCCCAGCUCCUCGUUGUUCAAUUCAUUCACACGAAGGCUGGAGCAGAAGUAUCGCGUGCAGUCUUGCGAUCAUUGCUGCUCUCCGACUUGGCCAAGAGUCUCAGAGUUCUUUGACGACAAUGUCGAUGAGGGCUCGACGAGCGCCCCAACGCCUGCUUCAUCGGCGUCGGAGGAAGGUGCCGGGCUGGAAGACACUCCAGUGACCACACUGAAAGGCCGCGUCAAAGAGAUGGCUUGGUUCGACGGUACCAAGUCCACCGUGCAAGAUGACUUCGGCAACCAUCAUUCUGGCUUCCUGCUCGAGCUUGACGACGGCACAGAGAAGGAUACGGGCUUUGUCAUCUCAGCUAAGGCUGUAGUCAGUGCAGUUGGAUUCGGUGGCUUGCCCGUGAUCCCUUCCUUCCUCACGAAUUCCAUACCCUCCCGACCUUCGCCAGCCACCGCACAUCCAGCAUGCGGCCCAGGCUGGAUGCACUCUAGCUGUCUCGCUUCGAAACCCUUCCCCUUCCCCUCGCCCUCGACCCUCGCCUCGACACCUCACGACCGAAUUAUGGUUGUGGUGGGAGGCGGUCUCACCUCAGCCCAAAUAGUAGUACGCGCUCUCGAACACGGCUACGACAAAGUCAUCCUUCUCACCCGCGGUCAUCUGAAGAGCAAAAUAUUCGAUGUUGAUCUCGGUUGGGUCGGUCGAUACAGCAACUAUCUCAAAAUGCAGUUCUGGCAGAACGAAGAUGUGCAAGAACGACUCAAUACCUUGCGUGCUGCUCGAAACGGAGGUAGCGUGACACCCACAUACGCUAAAGUGUUAGCGAGAUUACAGGCGCUAGGCAAGGUAGACAUUCGGACUCAUACUACUAUCUCUACCGCUUGGUACGCUCCUACUACCUUGCUCGACCCUCAACGCCAGGACGAAGAAGAGGGCGAAGCCAAUGCCGAAAAGACGGGACCGAUCGAGGAAGAAGACCAGAGCGGAGAGAAGCAAUGGAGCCUACUACUGCGCUGCACAUCUGACGGAGGUUCGCUCACCACCAUUCGAGCAGACUACCUCGUUGUGGCCACUGGAGCAAAGAUCGACUUCGGCAGCCUUCCCUUCCUCAAGACGGUCCAACGAACACAUCCGAUUCGUCUUGUGGGUGGAAUGCCAGUCCUCACCUCUGAUUUGGAGUACCGUCGUGAUGUUCCCCUCUUCGUGACAGGCGCUUAUGCAGGACUGCAAAUUGGUCCUGCCGCAGGCAAUCUUGGUGGGAUGAGGGACUCAGCUGAUCGAAUCGCCAAUCGACUGCUGGAGCUACUGUCAUUGACAGAAGCAGUGGUGCCAAAGACAGAGGAACGAGACACGCGAGUGUGCACGGCUGAGAAGGAACAAGAGUCUGCGUCCAGAAUUAAAUCGAGAAAAGGUAGGAAGCGAGUCGAUACUGGAACGCCAUUCACACAUUUCAAUUUCGAUCUGCUCUCGAUCGAGGCUUGA